AUGCGUUUGGCUAUUAUUUUGCUAGCAACUACGGCCACUUUUCUCGCAAGGGUGAACACCUUCUCAACAGGCCAGAGCACGGACCAUGCUGUUAAACCAAGCGAAUCAAACAGCAGGCUUCGAACCAAAGAUGGCACCAAGAACCUCGAGGGGUUCUGGAAGGGUACUGGCAGCAUUAACUCCGACAGUGACUACGGUGCCGCUGGGGAGCACGGAUCCUGA